UUCAUUUGUCUCCAGCUAUGUGGCUGUGCCUUGCUGGGAGUGGGACUGUGGCUGUGCUUCGACCCGAGUAUGAGGGAGUACGCUACGACCUCCGGUGACCUCCAAGUCUACUACAUCGCGGUCUACGUCCUGAUUGGUAUCGGAGGUUUCAUGAUGCUGGUGGGCUUCCUGGGAUGUUGCGGAGCCUGCAUGGAGAGCCAGGCCCUACUCGUUUUGUUCUUUGUCUUGCUUCUGGUGAUCUGCGCAGCUGAGGUUGGAGGAGGAAUCUGGGCGUAUCUCAACAGGAACAAACUCAAGAUGGGCGUUGAAAAUGGCAUGCAGCAGACGAUAAGCGGUGUAUAUUCAGAGGAUGAUUCAGUGACAUUGGCUUUUGACAAAAUGCAACAAGCAUUGAGGUGCUGCGGAGCCGUGGGUCCAGAGGACUGGAUCGAUUCUAAAUACGCAGAGAGGAACCCCGGACAACUGCCGGACUCUUGCUGCGUAGAACAAUCGCCAAACUGCGGGACAGUCGGUCAAACGGCCAUCAACUCCUUCCUCAAUCUAUUGAGGGGUCAGACGUCGCCCCCUAUUUUUCUGACGGGCUGUUCUGAUGCACUGUUUGGAAUGCUGGAGGAAAACACUAUACUUGUGGCAGGUUUAGCGAUCGGUGUCGGUGCUGUUCAACUCCUUGGAAUGAUCUUCUCAUGUUGCCUGUGCUGUGCGAUCCGAAGACAGGACGACAACAAAUACUACGCCUAGCCUACGCAUAGAUCCUAGUCCCCCUCUUAGACCCACCCCUAGGACCUAGUCUAGUACAGAGUUCCUGACCCACCGUGGACCAUCACUCAAGGACAAUUCAGGAUGUGGCCUAGGGCCGAGAAUAGGACAUGAUUUGGACUAUCCCUAACCGAGAACUACACUUAUGGACAUUUUAAGAUCCAUUUUAGGAUCCAAUAUAGGAUGCCAUGUAGAACCCCUUUUAGGUCAUUUUGAAGACUUUAUUACUCCAGAAAUCACCAAUCUAUGAUCCGUCUACGAAGCAUCUAAGGAACUCCCAACUAAAUAUCCUCUUCAACUUGUUGAGGGACUUCAACUUUAAUAGAAUUUCAAUUAUCACCUCUCUUGCCCAUUAUUUACUCUUUAUGUAUCACGCAGUAACUUUAGCAGCAAUUAAAUUCAUAAAAAGAAUAUAGAGGCUGAAUUUAGAACUGAAACUAUAAAAACAAACUUUUGCAAGGAUUUUGCCUUGCGCAUUUUACGUCUGCAAGAAAGCUGCUUUACUUUAAUAAAAAGUAAAAACAAUAUUUAGUACAACCUCUUACAAAUCAAAAGACAUAUUGGUAAUAUCUUUGUUUAGCCAAUGUGGAGCACCAAAAUAAGCUUUAUACAGGUUCCAUCUUUAAGGAUAAUACAUAAUCCUCAAUGAAUGUAUAUUGUUGACACUUUUGCCAAAUAUAUUCUGUAUAUUUGAUAUAAGUAUUGUCCUUCAUUUAUUUAUUCAAAUAUAAGAAUAAUUCAGUCAAAUCUUUAUUAUUUUGUAAUGAUAAAAAGUAUGUAUCGUACUUUGCACUUCUGUUUCUAAAGUAAAGGACAAUAUCAAAAGUAAAAUGAAAAAUUAAUUAAUUCAAGAAUUUAUGAACAGGAAAAUAAUGAUAAUACUAUAUGAGGUGUGUCAGGUGCCAAAUCCAUUUGUGCUCAGAAAACAUUAAUAUUAUUAGAUGAUAAUUUCUGUGCAUUUUAAUUUUAAAUCAAUCUUUAAAAGGUAAAAAUAAUGUAGUUGUUAUAAUAUUUCUUAGGAAUUCACAAUGACAUUGAAUAUCGUUUUUCAUUGAGUGAAUCUAAGUUACGAAUCAGAAAUAAUAAUCUGUGAGAUAAAUUGGUGAUUUCUCAAUUAUUUUCAAGCAGGUUACAUGAUAUACUCAGAUAAUAUGAUAUCAUGUUAUAUUUGAUAUAUAAAUUGAAAUAUAGGAAUAACUAGAUAUUAAAAGUAUCAUUUCAGUUUAGACAAAAACUAUAUUGAACAUUUUACAAAGUUUACACAAAGGUAGGUUCUUUUUUUUGCGAAGGUGCUGGUUAAGGACAUUAUCAUUUGUACUUUUUGCUAAAAAAUUGAUGUUUGACGACAGUACACUCAAACAAAAUAUCAGGGUUCCUUUAAUUGUAGUCCAAUUCACAACCAGUACAUUAGUUGUUAUUAUAUGGUAGAUUACUUUAAUAGUUUUUUUAUAAAAGAUAUGUCUUGUGAAUAACCCCCAUAGAUUAAAUUAUACUUUUAAGAAUGACUUAAACUGUAAAAAAAUUAAUAUUCUAUUCUAUAAUGAUAACUUGUUUUUGUACAAGCCUAAUAUAUCAUACAUGUUUUGUGUACAUGUGGUUAUGUAACGGGAGACUUAGAUAUAUGUAUUUUAAUGUAACGGUAAAGUGUACUGAGUAUUUGACAGAAGGGUUAUUAUGUUUUGUAUCUCAUAGUGUAUUUUAGAUUUCUCGUGUAUCGUAGCUAUUUUCACAACAUAUAGACUAAGAAUUAGUAAGGUAGGAAGAACUACAGUGUAAAUAAUGCAUAUUUUUAUAAUGCUCAUUUUGUCCUUAAUUUGUGAAAGUCAUUUUACUACGCUUGUUUUCCAACUCUCACGGUUUUCAUGUUUUUUAAUGUCUAUUAUUUUAUCACACUUUCAGUGCCACUCAUUUCGCCCUACUUCUCAUUUUUUAUGGUGUAGUCCCAUACAUAUGUUCCUUAGUCAGGAAAAAGGCAAAUACCUUAUACUUUGUUCAUUUGAUGCAGAGGAUACAAGGUUUCACGCGUGUGUAGAUUAAUUAAACUCUCGAAAGGGCUAGUGUUCAAAUUUUUAAUUCAAUUUUUGAAUUUUCAAGUUUUCAAAACAAUUUUGUUUUAAUUCUUAUUAUUUGGGCCAAACGAUGUGCUCAGAUUAUCCCUUUUUUAUCUCAAAAGUGUUCAUGUUAUCUUUCAUGAAAUCAUAAUAUCUUAAGACUGUUUUAAAAACGGAAGACGCUUAUAAUGCCCAGCCUUAAAAUGGUAUACAAUUGCUUGUAACACGUGGACUUGUAUUCUAUCCAAAUCUAAACCUGAUGCUUGGUGUAAGGCUUCUGUCCGAAAUCAGAGUUUAAAAAGGGAAGUUAGUUCGAGGUCUAUUAAAGUCACCUUUUUUUAUUUUAACGAUUUUAGACUCGGGGUCGGGUUUAACUGAAUUAUUAGAAUAUGGUCCAUGAACUUUUGUUAAAGAUUGUUUUAUUUUAUAUAACAAAUUGCCACCAUCAAUAUUUAGGACAAAAAAAGAGUUUUUUUAAAGUUUUUUUAAUGAAAUCGUGCCCAGUACACUUGCCAUUUGGGGUUUGCCCCAGAAAUGCAACUGACACCGUUUUAUUCUUAUUAUUAAGUCUUUUCAUUAUUCAUAGUAAUUGCUUGAAAUACAAACCUCUGACUGGUUUUCUAAAAAAGGAACCACCAGGUGUUAUCCUGACUGAGUUGCUUGAACGACCAAGUCCGCCAAUUUAUGGAACACCAAGCGAUAAACCUCUUUCUCCUUUACAAAAGCUCCGAAAUGUUUCACUUAUUUCAUCAUCAUUUUCAAUUUUCAUUUCUCUUAGAGAACAGUUUUGAAAUAUGUAAUGUAUUUUCAUCAUUCUCAUUUUUACUUUUCUGACACAAUGGUUGGUUUCUGUAGAGAAUGGGAAGGUUUUUUUGAAUGGAUGAGCAACAUUUUUACAAUUUAUUAUGGCAAAUUUGCAAUCUUUCUUAUCAGAGCACCGAAUCAAAAGCACCCUAAAGCACUUUUGUAUUAUGUUUUUCUCCAAAUCUUAAUACACUGAAUUGACGAAAAGAUUUUUUAUAAAACAUGCUAAUAAUUUCGAAAGAUGUUCAAGAUAAUACUUUAUUAAAUCAUUGCUUUGAUGAAUGAAAACUUCUUAGGUACCUUAGCCCGGCACUUUGGUAUUACUUUAAAAUUCCUUGUGCACCCGUGUGUGAUGAUUUGAGGAUUUUUUUUUUUCUUCUCUAAAAGAGGUUGUUAUUUUAUACAAGUAGAUAGCAUGGGCAUGAGAUCCCUCAAUAAUAAAUUUGUGCUAAAACUUCGCAAACUCCUUUACUAUAUAUUUUGCUUCAGUUUUACUGCCUUUACUCAUUGAAACAUUGAAGCCGAUGUGGAAGAACUUAUAAAUAUUCAUAGUACAUAAGCAAAAAACUUGUACGAGGGUUGUGUAUCUAUAGCAACCACAGGAAAAUAUUUUAAAAAAGCUCUCACCUUUUACUCUCCAUUCAAAAGUGAAAUCUCACUUUGUGCUUGGCUUGGUUGAUGGGACAUUUUCGCAGUGUAACCAAAUUCAUACUUCAGUGCCUCGAUACAAAUUAUUGCAUUCACCCGUUACGAAUAAUUGUAUUUAAAUACUCAGAAUGCAUAUAGCAUAUAUUAUGUGUUGCUAGGUAGGGCAAGCCAUAAUGUUUGUCCUAAACUAGCAGCAAUUAAGAUAUGCUAUUUGAAUCAUGACUAUUGAGAAACAUUUAUUUGAAACGGGUGAAUGAUCCAAUUCCUAAUCGAGGUGCUCCACCAAGGCAUAUGCAUGAAUUUAAUUGCAUUACGAAAAUUAUUUAUUGAACCGUUACAUUUGAUAAUAUUUGGCCCCCACGCAAACUUUAGCUUGUACUCAAAAAGCGCUUCUUUUAUAUACAUGUCUGUAUCAUCCAAAGGAAGCAUGUACAUUUCAGUAGGUUAUGCAUAUUUAGGACAUUUUUAGACAACUGUGAUAUAUUUCUACGCAAUUAUCGCUUUGUACCGGUUAUCGAUAAUGUGCUUCAUUACAGCAUGACUGGUUGGGGGUACUAAUACGCUUUAUCUAUCGGUUUUCUCGUAUAAGUUAUAAUUAUGUAGAUGUAUGUAUUUGAAUAUGUAUUUGGAAAUUGCUUUAGUGUAAAUAAACUACUCAUGUAACUUUGUGAUUUGCUUGUAUUAAAUGUACUUCAAUGUAGUACAAUCGAUGAUUAUUA